GAGGCAAGAGUAUGGAAUCUAUGAAACGUAUCAUUCCCUAGCAUUUUCCUUAGACAAAGCUGGGAGAUGUUAAAAUAGGCGGUAAGAGGUUGUAGAAGUUGAGUUGUAAGAAUCGCGAUGUACGGUAACACGCGAGAGUUAGACGGAAGUUUAAGCUUGGGAGGCUCCACAAUAGGCUAGGUACUUCGUAAGUGCCUACAUGUAGUGGAUACAGCUUACUAACAGCAUUCAAGCACAACCAUAAAUGACAACCGUAAAUCAAAUGCAUGUGCAAGUCAAUUCCAGUCAACUGCACACACAUGCAUUAAUGUACACCAUACCAUCUGGUGCCACCCGGUAAUUAUCCGAACCGUCGCCCUUGACAGCCGACAUGAAUUAAAGUGGUACCGUGUUACUCAGUGCGUGUUACUAUUUCGUCGCUAUUCUUUACGCUUAUAACGCCUGAUUCAAGAUGGCUGCGUCCGACAAAAUCUUCUCCCUUGAAGGGAAAGGCCUGAAGCUAGAUACGGCUCAGGAUCUCGAGGCGCAUAUCGGUCCGCUAAGGGCUAUGGACGAUGUUGAGGAAGUGCGCAUCCUGGGAAACACUCUAGGUGUCGAAGCCUGCAAGCUUCUUGGAGAAGUCUUGGCUACCAAGAAGUCGCUGAAGGUCGCAAACCUGGCUGACAUAUUUACGGGUCGCCUGCUAAACGAGAUCCCUGAGGCCCUCUCCUCUCUGCUCACCUCUAUCCUCAACUUGCCCAAUCUUCGUACCAUCAACCUGAACGAUAAUGCUUUUGGUCUCAACACCCAAGCGCCCUUGGUCGCUUUCCUGUCUAGCCACGUGCCACUCCAGCAUUUAUACCUCAACAACAACGGAUUAGGACCUCAUGCCGGUAUACUCAUCGCCGAUGCGCUCUCAGAGCUACAUGCAAAGAAGGAGGCUGCUAGAAAGGCCGGACAAGACGUUCCCCAUCUCGAGACCGUCAUCUGCGGUCGCAACCGAUUGGAAAAUGGAAGCAUGCUUGCUUGGGCCAAAACCUUCAGCCUUCAUGACCGGGUUAAAGAAGUCAAGAUGGUCCAGAACGGUAUCAGGAAAGAAGGAAUCGAGCAGUUGCUCACCUCAGGCCUGAAUCACGCUACCGGGAUCAAGAUUCUAGAUCUACAAGACAACACAUUUACUAUCAAGGGCGCGAGAGCGUUAGCAAAGGUUGUCCCUCUCUGGACAGACAUACAAGAGCUUGGAAUCGGCGACUCCCUACUUGGCGCCAAGGGUGGUGUCCUCCUCGCUGAUGUCCUUUCCAAGGGUCAAAACCAGAAGCUCGAGACGCUUCGCCUACAAUACAACGACAUCACAGCCGUAGGCGUCAAGGGCUUCGCAUCGGCGGCCAAGGCCGGUCUCCCGGCGCUAAAGCGGAUCGAACUAAACGGCAACAAAUUCUCGGAGGACGACGAGUCGAUCCUAGCCCUACAAGAGCUACUCGACGAGCGGAAGGAGAAGCACGGCGGCGAUGUCAUAGAUGAAGACACCUGGGGCGUCGACAGCCUAAGCGAUCUCGAGGAUCUCGACUCGGAGGAGGAAGAAGAAGAAGAGGAGGAACCCUCUACGGAAGAGAAGGCCGAGAAGCUAAUUAAGGAGGCCGAGGAGGCUCAAGAACAACCCACGGUGCAGCUCAAGGACGUCGACGUCGACGCCUUGGCCAAGAAGCUGGCGCAGACCGGGAUCUAGCUAGCUAGAUAAAAAAUGCAUACCUACCUCCUAGCCAGGUAGGUACAUAUAGAUAGUUAUGAUUCCCUACGCAGGCGCC